AUGAAAACAUGGGAUAUUUUUAUCAAAUCUCAAGGAAUUCGUCUCUGUGGGACAAAAUAUGAUAUACCUGACUUUUUUAUUAAGGGCCCCAAAUUAGGGUCUAUAAAAAUGAACAAUUUGUGGGAAAGAAGUAAUGAAGAAGUGUUAAACAAUAGUAAGAAAAAUACACCAAUCAGUUGUCAUCAAUAUGGAAAAGAUGGGGACUUCUAUGAGAGACUUAUCAGAAUUUACGUAGAUAUCAUUUUCAAUUCGGGAAAAUACCCUGCACAUGUUCAGCAUUUGCACAUUUUUUGUAGGGAAUUACUAAAAGACAAGGUGCUGAAUUUGAAAAGUAGUAAAAAUCAUAAGAGGAUACUACUUAAAUGUGAAGAAUGUGGGAACCCCGAAACCGAAAAUCUGAACGAAUAUCUUGUUCACUUAAAUGAUGAAGCAUUAAAAAAUAAGAAAUUAACAGAAAAUGAGCAGAACAAAAUAUUCGAAACUGUAAAAAAAAUUUACAACUAUAAAAAUGUGUUAUAUGUAUUAUUUACAUUAGAACAUAACAGAAUUAUGUUUAAUUAUAGUGAACACUUAUUUCUAAAACAUAUCCAAAAUUGUUUUUUAAAUUCUGCUGUCAGUAGUAGAAUGGACAUAUAUCGGUAUAUAAAAAGGUUUGGAGCAGACAAUGUUUGUAUUUAUAUUUGCGAAUAUUCUAACCAUGCAGAUAUUUUGAAGAAGCGUCAUGAAAUUGUUAAGAAUUUAUUUUUCAAUUAUAAGCAAAAUGGGAAAAUAAGUUUUCGUACUUAG